AUGCCACAUAGCUGCACAAUUAACUUCCCGAACUUAGAGGGCCAGUAUGUUACAGAGUUAGCUACUGUGAUUCCUUGCGAUCUUGCUACGGCACGAAAAGUGCCAAAACGCAUGAUCGCAGCCUACGCUUUCCUGGUCGCGAUUACUCAAGAUUCGCAAGGACUUCAGCCGGUGGACUGGACUGCAACACUCACAAAUCCGAGAUUUGAGAUGCCAGAGGAUGCGGUAGCACAGUCUCUAACUUCACAGGAGAAGCCAUCGUCGCAGUCGGCAGGGAAAAUGCGAAGACGAUCAACAAGCCGCAGGGGCUCAGCCACCUUUCUGCCUCGCAUUCCGAUAUACGGCAAACGAUUCUUAAUUCCUAGAUUUUCGGAUCUUUCAUUUUAUAGCAGUUGA